UGUAAGGAUGGGGCUCACUUUGUUCUGUGCGCUGUCAUUAUCGUUGCUGAAUACACUCCUCUACUGUGGACACGCUGAAGUAUCCAACAGGAUCGUCGUGACCCAGCAACACAACUGGUCUCAGAUAUUCAUUGGUGAGACGGUCACUGUCGUAUGUGAGAUUGAGGGAGGAGGGAACGCUGAGUGGGAGUAUGAAUGGAGAACAACCAGCUCAAACACACCUCCAACACACCGUGAGUACAGGAUUAGCAGUGCUUCUGUUUCUCAGACUGGAAGCUACUGGUGUAAGGGGCGAAGGGACUCCUAUUCCUCAACCGAGUGGAGUAAUGCCUUCUCACUGAUAGUAUCAUCUCAUAAACCCAGCCCCACAGUAAUGGCAUAUAGCAGAACCAUACCAGUUGGGGGCAAGAAAACACUGACGUGCUUUGUGGAUGAAUCUGCUGAUUGGAUGUACUACUGGUUCAGAAGAACCUCUGUGUUUUCUGACAGUCAGAUCAUUAGAGACGGUGGAUCAGAUAGAGUUAUCAGUAUCUCAGAAGGAGGCAUCUACCACUGCAGAGGAGGGAGAGGAAACCCAGUUUUCUUCACAGAGGACAGUGAUCCAGUCACCAUUGAGAAAAGAGUUUCCAACAAGGCGGUUGUGUCCCUGCAACCCAACUGGCCUCUGAUCUUCAGUGGUGAAACGAUCACUGUUCGAUGUGAUAUUUAUGGAGGCGGAAACAGUGGGUGGGAGUACGAAUGGAGCAGGCCCAACUCGGACACAAUUCCAACACACGAUGAGUGCAGGAUUGGCAGUGCUGCGGUGAACGACAGUGGAAACUACAGGUGCAUGGGUGAACAAAGUUGGGACUCGUAUUCCUCAACGGAGUGGAGCGAGGUCAUCACAUUGACAGUUUCAUCACACAGACCGAAGGCUAACCUGAGUGCUGACAACAGAGGCUUUCCUGUCGGGGGCAGUGUGACCCUGACCUGCUCUGUGGGAUCAUCUUCAUCAUCAUCAUCGGGUUGGACAUACUACUGGUACAGAGGAGAGACAUCCUCUCAACCCCUGACCACACCAGACGUUACCGUCCUCUCAACUGGACAAAUCAGUGUCUCACAGGAAGGACUCUACUGGUGCGUUGGGCAAAGAGGAAACCCAGUUUACUACACAGAGUACAGCGAUUCAAUCAAUAUUCACAAAAUUGUCACAAACGCUGCUGCUGUGACCCGGCAACCCAACUGGCCUGAGAUUUACUCUGGAGAGACGAUCGCUCUUAGAUGUGAGAUGCAGGGAGGAGACGCUGAGUGGGAGUACGAAUGGAUGACAACCAGCUCAUAUAAACCUCCAAACCAAAAUAAAUACAGGAUUAGUGUUUCUCCAUCAUACAAUGGCGACUACUGGUGUAUGGGCAGACUGAAGAGAGCACAACGGAAUUCAACAGGGUGGAGUAUUUCCUUCAAACUGACAGUGUCUUAUAAGAAACCUCAGCCUGUCCUCACUGUGUCUCCAUUAUGGCUGAGUCCUGGAGACUCAGUAACUCUGACCUGCAGUGUUGAACAUCCAUCUGCAGGAUGGAGGUUCUUCUGGUAUAAGGCUGUUCCCAAACCAGCAGACGACUCCUACAUCUCUGAGCUUCUACCUGGUAGCACCGAUGGUACUGAACAGGAUUCCUACAUUGUUCAUGGACAGACGCACACAGCAGGAUAUGUGUGCAGAGCUGGAAGAGGAGAUCCAGUGUUUUACACUCAGUAUAGUGAAACUAAGUUUGUCUGGUCUGGAGAUGUUCACUCAGCAGCGUCUCUCACAGUGAGUCCUGACAGAGUGCAGCACUUAACCUCUGACUCUGUGUCGCUGAGCUGUGAGGGAAACUCUACCAAGUGGAGAGUGAUGAGGUUUUUUGGGGAUGGCCGCCUGGCACAUUGCUUUUCCUGGGGGACAAUGAUUGGAUCCACAUGCCACUUGAACCAUUACAGUCUCUGGGUCCUUAAUGCAGUGCACUGGUGUGAGUCUGGAUCAGGAGAGUUCAGCAAUGCUGUUAACAUCACUAGAAAUUAUUUCAUUAUCCUGGUGAGCCCCGUCCAUCCUGUGAGAGAGGGGGGUUCUGUUACUUUUGGCUGCAUGCGGAGGACAGGAAAACCACUUUCCAACGUCACUUUCUACAAAAAUGACAAACUCGUCCCAAAUAGUGACAGAGGGGAGCUGGAAAUCUCUGCAGUGUCAAAGUCAGACGAAGGCUUCUACAGAUGUGAACACUCAGGAGUGCUUUCACAACAGAGUUGGAUGUCAGUAAAAUCGUCCAGUUCUCCAUCUCCUGUGCUGUUGAUCGCGGGGCUGGUUAGUGGCAUCGUACUGAUGGUUCUCCUGAGUCUGGUGCUACUGUGUUGGUACAAAAAGUCAAAGGAUACGUGUUGUCACAGGCUCAUCCAGUCUCAGAGGACCAAUCAGAGCUCUGCUGUGGUCCACACUGUCAACCAAGAUGAAAAUCAACAGCAACUCUACUCCUCUCUUCUCCACGGUGAUGUUUGUGUCUAUGAAACAAUCGUUGGCUCUGGGAUCACCGGGCGGGGUACAGUAUAA